CUGCCUUCAAAACGACGUCGUUUUGAGCCAGGUUUUUCAAAAAACCAGAAAACCCCAUCAGCAGCCCUAUCUACCCGAUUCUAAUCCCCGCCCCAGCAGCAGCAAUUCAUUGAUUUUCUGCGUCCGCCACUGUUUGAGAAAGCUGGUUUGUGGAUGUAGAUAACCAGUUGAAUAUAAUUCGGCCAAGCCUUGGUGGUGUUUUUAAGUAUGGCUUUGUCGGUAUCCAGAAGGCUUUUACGCUCAUUUGGCUCCGUCUUAGCAUCGGGCCGCUGUGACUCUCCAAGUAGUUUAUAUCCAUCACUUCAUGCUUCUCUUGGGGUUGUCUCUCCUGAAGAAUUCUCAGCUGUUUCCAAGGCUGGAUCGUCUUUUCUAGCCAAUCGAAGGCUUUCAACUUCUAUCCCAUCUCCAGAAUCAAGUGGAGGAGCAUUUCCCUCUAAUUUAUUGUCUGCAAAGCCUGUGGUCGCUUCAGAGCGUAAUAUAGGACUCUAUCAAGACCUUGUAAUUCCAGUGACAAAUUUUCAUAAUGAAGAUAAAGGCUUCACAGUUUUGGCUGGUGAUGUUUUUGAUGUACCUAUUAGGAAGGAUAUCAUUCAUCGGGUUGUACUGUGGCAGCUAGCAAAACGGCAACAGGGAACACAUUCAACAAAAACUAUUAGUGAGGUUAGUGGGACUGGGAGAAAACCAUGGAAUCAGAAGGGUACUGGUAGAGCGAGGCAGGGAUCAUUGCGUAGUCCCCAGUUCAGAGGAGGUUCCACAAUGCAUGGUCCUAAGCCACGAAGCCAUGCUUUUAAGCUGAAUAAGAAGGUCCGGCGUCUAGGGCUAAAGAUUGCUCUGACAGCUAGAGCAGCAGAGGGAAAGCUUCUAAUUUUUGAUGAUUUUGAGGUCCCCACACAUAAAACCAAGAAUAUAGCGAACUACGUCCAGCAAAUGGAGGACUCCAAGAAACUUCUGCUGGUGGAUGGUUUCUUACCUGAAAAGCUCAAGUUGGCUACACAAAAUUUACAUUAUGUGAACGUGCUGCCCGCAGUAGGUUUGAACGUCUACAGCAUCCUGCAGCAUGAUACACUAGUGAUGUCCCGUACUGCUGUAAAUGAAAUUGUUGAGCGGAUGCACACUCCAAUUAAACGUUGAAGUAAAAGAAGGCUUUUGUUUUAACUCGGGAUCGAUAGGAACCAGCUUUUGCUUUUGAUGGAGCUAAAAGAAGGCCAAAGCUUUUAGCCAAAAAAUAAUGUGUUGUUUUUGUUACGAUAUGCAAAUUCCGGUGUUGAAUAUCAGUGAGAUUUCGUAGCUUUUAAAUUGCUCUACACCUGUAUUGUCAUGAAGCCGAGUUACUUUAUGGGGUCGUCAUUAUUUUUUUUGGUAAUGAUUUAACAAUUUUCUCUAAUGCAUCAGAUAUGAAUCAUUGUUUCUUUUUC